UUUAUUUUCAGUAUGAGAUGCCUGACCCCCAAACUAAAUGCUGCUAUUUUAGGUAGCCAUAAGCACUCUAACCUAAAAGUCCUGUUUAUACUCAGAUAGAAUAUUCAAAAUGCAAAACUGGGAAACAGGCAAGUACUUACCUAUGAAAUACAGGAAACUAGUCUAUAAACUGUAUGCUGCAGAGAAAUAUUCCCUAUUUUAUCUCCUCUUUUCUUCAUAAUGAAAUUUACAGCUUUAUUUUUCAUGUCUCCCCAUUCAAAGGCCUCUGUAAACAACGUUGCUUUGCCUCGGCCUUCCCACAGAGCUCCAUUGGCCACUCUAAGUCUACUCCAUCAGAGUUUAGCCUGCGAAAAACAGUGAAAUGUUAUAUACUAACUGAAGAUUCAAAAACAGUGCAUUUUGAUAUAGAUGAAGAUGGUCAUCAUGAAAUAUCUACCAAGGAUUCACAAUCCCAUGAAGAUAUUGCGUGGUUAGGCGUGUUCACAAGCAAUGAAGCAGCAGUUACUGAUUCUAAAAAUUUGGUAAGCCUCACACAGAGAUCAAAGCUUAAUGAAUUUGUCCUGUUAUGUAAGGGUAAGAAGCAUCUGUCUCUAAAGGUCUUAAAAGCAUCCUGCUCAGAGCCAGAUUACCCUUCAAUGGGGAGCUGCAAUGAUAAAACAUGCAACCAUGAAGAUCCUGACUUUAAACAGCUGAGUGAAGAUAAUAACUUUUUCAUCAUGCAUUACCAAGGAGAUUCAGUGCAGUUCCAAUGCUAUGAAGAUAGAAGUUACUAUCUGUGUGUGAACGACGACUCACUUGAUAUUCGCAAGAUGGAGAAAAGAGAUCCCAACAAGGACAAAAACUUUUACUUCAGGGUAUCAUAUUUACAGGAAAAUUAACUUGUCUACCUUUCAGUGGCCUAAGUGUCCACACAUUCCUAAGAAGAUAAAGAAAUUUGAGAUCAACUAAUUUCUGUUUGAGCAAAAUUCUUGCAUUUUCAAAAUUUCUAAAUCACCAACGUCCUUUAUUUCUGCACAUUCAGUAGCAAAAGAGAAAGGCCAAGUUUGAAAAACACACUAACUGAUCAGUCUCUGUGUCCAACCUAUGCAAUUAUGUUUUUAAGGAAACAAAAUAUUCUGGUGUGGGAAAAUAUUCAGGGGAUAUUUAAAAAAUGGCAACACUAAGGAACAUGAUCAUAAAAUGUGCCGUUAGUUCUUCAUGUGGUAAACGUUUUACUUUUUAAAAACUGUCUCUCAUAAGUUCAUCUGAAUGUGACAAGAAAACUUCUAGAAGUUUUUAAAUGCAUAUGUGCAUACCCUGACUGACUGACAUGGAGAAAGAGGUAGGAAAGUUGUCUUGAGUCUAUCUGAGAAUAAGGGAAGAUGCUGGAAGCACUGAAGAUAUCUCUGCGCCUGUAGCUCCAAGUCAGCCCAUACAGACCAUUGUGCAAUUUCAGCAUCUCUCCAGCACGCCAGCUCUCUAAGAAAAUGUACUCAGAGUAUCAGAUGUGCAAUGUGCAGGCAGAGGGAGGGAGAUACAUUGCACUGAUGGGCCAUAACAGAUAACCUGCAAACACAGCAGAGAAUUGCUCUGGCAUAUUGGGUUCCAUGCCUGAGUCACAGAGGAAAAUACAAUCACAUGUUCAAUUGCAAAGCAGAGUGCAGAACAACAUCAGAAAAUUCACACUGUUCAAAAUUACUGAACAAAAUAAACACUAGGUGCUUAUGUGGGGUACACUGGAGGAGACAUAAGAUACCUACCCUAGAGAAGCAGGGUCUUU